UGUAUUCCCAGGAUUCCACACAGGAAGAUGAUCUGGAUGAUGACCAGAUUUGUAAAGUUGAAAUUAAAGAGGAAGAUACGUACGAGCCUUGUGCUGAGAAUGAUAUAUCUCCAGAGAGUAGCAUAGAUGGACACAACGAGUGGACUACCUUUGAACGGCGUAUCAUUUCAUCUCCAGAUUACAAUGAUAAUGAUGUGGGAGCAUAUCUCCCAGAGGAAGACCCUGGGCAUUCCCAUGCAGAUCGAUCGCCAAACCCAUCCUCUGACUCUUUCACCCAUAAAGGGAAAAAGAUGUUUCCGUGUCCUCACUGUGAAAAAUAUUUUAAGGCGAAAUCAUCUCUCGAUAAACAUGUCAGAGUGCACACCGGAGAGCGACCAUUCUCGUGCCCGGAAUGUGGGAUUUGCUUUAAAUCCAGCUCAAAUCUCUUUAGACAUCAAAGGCUUCACGCCGGAGUGAAGAGUUUCACAUGCGCCGUAUGUGGGAAGCCUUGCAUAGACAAUGCCAACCUUGCCCGACAUCUGCUGAACCACACGGGCGAGAGACCUCACGAGUGCACCGAGUGCGGCAAACGUUUCAAAAGGAAAUAUCAAUUGACUGAGCACUUUAGAGUUCACACGGGAGAAACUCCUUUCUCGUGUUCGGAGUGCAAUGAAAGUUUUAUGCAGAAGUAUGAUCUCAUCGUCCACCAGAAAACGCACAUGGACAAAAAUCCAUACACGUGUACGGUGUGCGGGAAAGGUUUUACAUGGAAGCAUACCUUCCUCCUGCACCAGCGGACACAUACGGGCAAAAUGACGCACACGUGCACCGAGUGCGGGCAGUCUUUCCUAACCAAGUCUGAACUUAAUGUACACCGGAGGUGUCACAUGCACGUGGUGAUCUUUCCGUGUUCGGAAUGCGAACAUUCGUUCAAAACGCGGAAAGAACUCCUAAUACACCAGAGAAGUCACACCGGUGAGGAGGUCUUCUCAUGUACGGAAUGCCAGAAAUCCUUCAUAAAGAAUUCAGAACUUAUCAGACACCAGAGAAUCCACACCGGCGAGAAGCCCUUUUUGUGCCUCCAGUGCGGCAAACGCUUCAUGCAGAAAAAAGGCCUCAAUGCCCAUAUGAAGCUCCACGAAGAGAAGCCCAAGUGAUGGAAAAUGUUUUAGUAAGAAGACAAUCUCAUCCCUAUCAGAACAUUCCCAUUGCAAAGAACCGUUUUCUUGUGCGGAGUGUGGGACAAGGCCAAGAAAUCUGGACAUAUUCUUCCUUGGAGAACCAAAAAUGUUGGUUAACAAAGCCUACCAAGAUACAGACCAGAGGGGUUCUUGGUUGGAUGAAUCGAUAAAUCUCUUGGAAUGAUGGAAGAUUUCAUCUACAAAUAUCAAUGCAACUGAUGGGUCGUCCUUCCCGCAACCCAACGCUUGCUUCUCGUUGGUUUUUGCUGCUGUACAGUUUACUUACACUUAAAUGCUUUGAUUUAGACAACUGCCUUUUGCGUCAACUAGAGGUUUCGCUUUUUAUAACUAAAGGUUUCAUUUAUAAUGAUAUGUUCUUAGUUAUUUUUUGUUGUUUCAAUAACUUGUAUGAGGAUUAAAGGGAUGCAGUCCUGGGAGGAAUUUCUA